UCUCUCGCUCUUUCUUCAAGAUCUCUCGCCGUCUUGGCGCGGUGUCCUCGCGCGGUGGCGGUCGCGAUGGUUCACUGGUUCCGAGGUUCGCGCGGCCGCCUCAGUAUAGUUCCAGAACCUGCGCCAGGUGGCACGCGUUUUCUCGACGUUCCUCGCGCGUUGUUCAAAGUGAAAACCUUUUUGACAUCGGCGGACUGCAUUCGGUAGCGAUUGUGUGUAAGAGGUCGUUGCGUGCGAAGAUCGCUUGGGAUCAGCAUGGGAUGGGAUCACCCAAGGUGGAACAACCCUGCGAUCGUGUGGUGUUCAGUGAGCUAAUCGCGGUGCACUAUCGCUGUGGGAAGAUCGCGUACCGUGUGUGUUUGACGAGUUAUGACGAUCUCGUGCGAGCUGUUGACUAACCAGUGUGUGUGCGAGGAAGCUGCAGGAUCAGUGAACCGUAAAGAAUUUCCAUCGGCGAAAAACGAACGCCACAAUGCAGCAGCGGCAAUGGUUACGCCAAAACGCUGGCGUGACUUGGAGCAGCAAAAAGGAAGAAAAAUUGUCUCAUGAAAGUGAAAUUUCGCACGUCUGCUUGGGCUGCUGAGUUAUUGCACCAAAUUAUGCGAUGUGAUGCACUGAGAAAAAAAAACAAAACAAAGAAGUGCAAAAAUGUGUAAUAAUUUUAAGUGAAACAAGUUCAGCGUGUACUAUGUAACUAAGCAAAAGGAGCAGAAGUCGACGAUUGUGCAAUAGUUGGAGCCAAAAAGAUAUAUCAAGCAAGUGUUGGUUGUGUGCUAGCGAUGUGUACCUGAUGACGAUAACAGAAGAAGAAAUUUAAAAUCAACCAAAAAGAGGUGGAAAAAGAUAACGUGUUAAGAAGAUAGAAAUAAAUUAAAAAAAAAAACAGCAAAUGUGAGUGUGUGGAAAACGCAGUGAUAUUAGAAGCAAACAAAAUUGUUUAAGGAAAGGUGGAGAAAACGAGGAAGCCGCAAGUGAGAGGAAGAGAAAAAGUGGCGAAGAGAAAUUAAAAAUUAAUAAAACGAAACAUUUCGUGCAGUGAAAGAACCGUCCAGAGCCGGACAAUAAAAGUAAUAAUAAUACUCAACGGUAAUCGUACGUUUCGUACCGUACACACAACUCUGCCGGUACGCAACAGUGAUAAAGAAGAGCCUCUGCACGCUAAAAUAGAGUUGUCUACCCGGGGGGAAGGUUGACUCACAAAACGGUGUUUUCAAAGUUGAGAUUUCCAUACACGCUGAGUUAGUACGGACCAGAAGGAAGGACGGGGGGGAAAGGAAGAUUUCAAGUGUCGGCAAAGAGUUUAUUUGGUAAAACGGCGCGAAAAUGGAACUUGAACAGUGAACAAGGUUAAAUGCCGCUGGCCAACAUGCUCCAAUUUCAACUGGAUUAUUUUGUUUCGUUUCGUCUGCCAGUUUAGUGCCUUCGACUUACAUUUGAAUUUUGGUCUUUGGUCAGUGAUUUUUUUUCCUGCGGGUUUAAAAAAAGUGAAGACGAUUAACAGUGUGUAAAAAAAAGUCGGUAAUUUAACCCCGGGAGGCGCUGAAUCUCGCAAUUUGAAGUAGACCAGCUACCAUGAGACCCCCUGGUAACGGGUUGCCAUGAUGAUGCAUCAGUCCCGUCGCCAACAGCAACCGCCCCAGCAACCACCGCCGCCGCCAACGCCUGCUGCGACCGGUCCCGGUCCGGGAGGAGGCGGCAAGGGCGGAGGUCCUGGCGGAACGACAGAUGGACCUCCGCGCAAGGGAGGGAUUCCGAUCUUUCGGAACAAUCGAAGCGCCAGCAGUAGCCGGAUCAACUCGAUUGUCGUGGGUCCCAAGGUGGACACCGGACGGAGGUCCGUCCAGCAACAACAACAGCAGCAUCAUCAGGAAGCUGGUGGAGGGCGAGGCAGUGAAGCGGGUUCCGAUCUGGACCACAUCGAUGAGGAUAUGUUCUCGAAGGUGCCAAAGAUGGAACUGCUCAAGGUGAACUAUGUCAACCUGAAGAACGAUGGGGUCGCCGGAAGUGAAAAGAAAAAAACGGCAGAGGAGAAAAAGGCUGCAAAGGGAACGGUUGCGGCGGCAGCGCCUACUAAGGGGAACGUGGCGAAUGCCGUCAAGAAGCAGCUGACCACGAGCAGCGUGAACCUAACGAGUAACGCGGGUAACGGCUCAACGUCAAACUUGAGCGAUGCGAAGGCUAAAUAUUUGGUCUACAAAAAGCACAACGGGUUCGGAUCGAAUACGUCGAUCGCGGAAAUUGGGGCAAAGUUGCAAUAUAUCAAUGAUACGGAUUUGAAAUCAAAGAAUGGGAAGAAAAAGUACGCUCUGUUUGACAACAAGAAAAAGAACAAACUGGAAACGGUACAGUAUUACUUUGACAGCAGGAGUUACGAGCGUUACGUGGACAACAAACUGUACGGAACCGUCGGUGGGGGGAACAAGGAGCAACAACCUCCGUCCAAACCGGAAGCUGAGCAAAAACCAGACCCCAAACCUCAAAGUCCCGGCGAUGUUGAAAAGCGACAAAGUUGGGAUUUGCGCACUAAUCGGCCAAGCAUGCUGCGCGUAAUCAAUCAAUCAACCGCGGCCAAGAAACCUACCCCGGAAAACAACCAACAGCCGGCGAAAGGUACCUUCAAGCAGCAUCAACCACAGCCGCACAUUCCGGACACUAACAAUCGCAUUUUCAAACUACAAAAGAGCCAUACCAGUACUAAUCUGAUUACACGCCAUAGAUCAAUGAACGAUAUUCAUCGGAUAAAUCAAUUAUUCCUAGAGUCGCGGGCGUUGUCGCCGAUCGAAAGUCAACCGGCCCCAUCCCUUCCGUCCAUCCAACCGUUACUGUCGCGCCAGCACAGUAGCAGCGUGAUCGCGCUCAACCGGAAAAUUGUCAGCAAAAAUCCGGCCCCACCGUCCGCCGUCAUCGCCGGUGGAAUGGUGCGCGAAAAUGUGCACCGCUUCGAGAAGAACAAGGCAAAGAGUGACGAAAUGUCCGCCAAACAGCAAAAGUACCUGGUCCACAAACGACUUAGCGCACGCUACAAAGCGGAAGAGAGUGCCCUUUCGAUCGCCGCCGCGGCAAAUGCAACGCCGUCUCAACCGGUGCAACCUGCCGUGAAGUCGAUUUCACCACCCCCACCAGCUCCAGUAAUUGCCGCGAUCGGAUCGGACGACACGAUCAGCAAGCGCAUCCGAAGGAUCAUCGACGGUCACAACGGACACAGCGGAUCAACGGAAACGAUCGAUUUCGAAACUACGAAAAAGCAGGAAGUCAAGCGGGAACCCAUCAGGGUACGAUCCAAAUCUUUGGAGCGGACACUUAGCGAUGACGACAUGAGCACGAUCAGUGCCAAGAGUAGCAAAACUACGUGCGGGUACAAGAACUGCAAGUUCCCCAACUGCCCGAUGUCUUCGUCCUCGUCUUCUUCCGCGUCUUCUACGGUGUCCAGCUCUUCGUGCUCGUCGUCAAAGAAGUGUCCCUCGGCGGCGGAGAGUCACAAGAGCAGUUUCAAAUGCAAAGAGAAGGAACAUCCGGAGAUUAUCUGCGGCAAGCGGACGUCGAUCGUGAUCAACGACAGCGACAGCGAAAUCUUCCUGAACAACGCGCUGAACGAUAAGCUCAACAAUAGUUGCGAAAAUGUUCGCGUGAUUUCGUCCAAGAUCAAGGAGAUCGAUUUGGAGACGAAUCGGAUGAUUAUCGAGAAGUGCGUCGAACCGAUCACGGAAAUUACGGAAACGGUGCUGGCGCGACAAAAGUUCUGGAAUCAGCAGAACCAGCGCAACAUCAAGUUGAAAAACAACCCGCAGCACAAGCCGUACGACGACAAGGUCAACAUCAACAACAAGAUCAAGAACGAGGACAACAACAGCAUAAAGAUUUUCAUAACCAACCAGGUACCGAGCAAGACGGGAUCGCAAACGACGAACCUCAGCGAACCGGUUUCGCUGAUCUCGACUUCGGCCAGCGGAAGUUCGGCCAGUUCGGCAGCCUCGACCGUAAGCUCGAACGGAGCCGAAUCCGACAAGGACGAUGGCUACUACGAUCAAAGCGAGCGAUCGCUCAGUCCAGCAGAAAAGCAACCACUGUCCAUUGUCAGUACGGUCAGCACGGGAAGCACCGUUUGCAGUGACGGAAGUAACAUGUCGAGCGUUACAUGCAGCAACGGAAACGGCGGGAACCGUUACACUUCAAAGACGAGCAUUCGGUUGGGCUGCGAGGGACCGCUGUUCUGGAACAACAAUUUCUUUGAGGAUUUGGACAGCGGACAAUCGCUGGGACACAACGAUGGGGACAAUAACAGUACCGGUUCGGGGACGGGAUCUACCGGUUCGGGAUGUUGCAAUAAUUCGGGAAGCUGCUGUUGCUGUUGCCGUCGGCGACGGAGUAUUGCACUGGGAAGCAAUAGUUGCAUCAUCAGCUCGAUUGACGUUGGUGGCGGCGGCUGUAACGGUUCUGUUGGCGGUGGCGGCGGCGGCGGCGGCGGCUCCAAUGGUGCCAACGGCGGCUGCUCCGGAGGUAACAACGGGGUGGUACUGAGAAAAGCUCAACUCGGCUGCCAAUGCGGAAUGGCGCAGCACAACAGCAAGCAGCGCAAGAUUGGAAGCCAUAACUCAAACUUUCUUCCGGACUCUAAAUAAAUAAUGAGGUGAAAAUGAGUCGCGCAGCGGCGCACUCGCAAACUGUCAAAAUCGGCGGCUAAUUUAAUCCGGUCUAAGGAGGCG